AUGUAUAAUGGCAAGAUAGACCCCAUAAAGCAUGUGAGCCAUUUCAAUCCGAGAAUGGUCGUCCAUUCCAGAGACAAAACCUUGAUGUGCAAGGUUUUCCCAUCCAGCCUAGGGCCCAUAGCAAUGAGAUGGUUUGACAGCCUGAAGCUCGACUCCAUAAACUCCUUUAAGGAGCUCACCCAGGCAUUUGGCUCUCGCUUCAUCACUUGCAACAGAGUCCCUCGGCCCCUAUCAUCCCAGCUAUUUUUGAGUAUGAGAGAGGGAGAGACCCUAAAGACAUACUCGGACAGAUAUUGGGAGAUGUAUAAUGGAAUGGACGGUAAUUUUGAAGAUGUCGCCAUCAGCACCUUCAAGAGUGGCCUCCCAACAGAGCAUGGCUUAAGAAAGUCCUUAACGGGAAAACCUGUCGCCAAUCUGCGCCAACUCAUGAACCGUAUUGACAAGUAUAAAAGCGCUGAGGAGGACUAG